UGCGCAGCACACACCCGCAUCCAUGCCUCCGGACAGUACAAGCGAUGCCUGUGCCCCUAGUGAGGAAGAGGUGUCUAUGCUGAAGGGCGUAGGUAUGGAAGGUUCACGAAAACCUUCUUCACUCAGCGCAAUCCACAUCACGGAUGUUGUCAAGGUUCUCCUCUUCGUCGACAUGCUCUCCGUCGAUCUGGUGGUUCCUCUGUUGUCCUCGUACUUCAGAGAUCUGAACAUCAGCACGGAGCAGUAUGGGCUCAUGUUCUCCGCCUACAGCCUGUCCCAGAUUGUCGGGGGCUUGGUUCUGGGAGCGCUGAGCGAUCGUGCUCUGUCCCGCCGCACCGUGCUCCUCAUUUCCUUCCUGGGCAGCGCCUUGAGCUACGGCACGAUUGGCCUGUCCAGCUCGUUGACCAUGCUCCUGGUGGGGAGAGUCGUGGUCGGCCUGGUGAAGCAGACGGUGACAAUAUCAACCGCGAUUGUCAGCGAGCACACGGCUAAGGAGGAACGUUCAGCAGAAAUAUCCAAGCUGGGGGCCGCCAUGACCUUCGCUUCCAUCGUGGGGUCGGCCUGCGGUUCGCUCCUCUAUCAGAAAAGAAAGACGUUCCCCCCGCUGGUCGCUUGCGCCCUCUUUUUGCUGAACGCAGCCUUGGCUCUCAUCCUCUUGCCGUCCGGCAACGGGAGGGAGGUUGGUGGCUGGACCGAUGCCGCUGCUGGUGCGAAAAAGAAAGACGACGACAUCGUAAAUGGUAGCGACAACAAGGACGACACGUUGACAACAGCAACGCCCGCAUUAGACGGCGGUGUUGGAAAGAGUGCGGAGAGGGGGGAGGAUUCAAGCUCCUUCUCCUCCGCCACCAGGCGGUUCUUAGCCAACUUCAAGAAGGCGUGUCGCAGCGGUCCCACCCUGCGCAUCCUGGCGGCAAAGUUGAUUUUUGGCUUCUUGUUCAGAGCCUUGGGCUCCCAGAAUUUUGUCGGGUACUAUGAGGAGAGGUUUGGCGUCGCGAGCGCGAGUCUAGGCUACAUGUCUUCAUAUACGGCGGGCCUGAGUUUCUUCGUACAGCUCUACGUGGUGGGCCGCCUGGCUUCUUUGGCCUCGGAAACCCAUCUGGUGGCCAUGUCUCUGGCCGUCGUGGCGCUCAUGAACCUCGCCGAGGGGGCUCCGUCGAUCAUCGGGUUCUGGGGUUACCUCGCCCUCCUCAUCCCGGCGAGGACGGUAGCGCACGGCACCCUCCAGGCGUGCCUGCAGUCGAUGUUCACGCAGCGGGUGCCCCAGGGAGACCUCGGGGCCGCCCUCGGCGUCCUGAACGUCCUGUCGUCGGCGAGCGGAGUGGUGGCGCCCGCCUACGGGGGCAAGCUGAUUGGCUACCUCGGGAUCUUGGCGCGGCCGACGGUGAACGCCGCGCAUUACGCCGCGUUCUUCGUGCUGUGGUGGGUGAUGGAGGUUGCGAGAGGGCGCGCGCCGGCGGAGGGGGAGGGAGGGUCGAGGAAGCCCGAGAGCGUGGCGGACGGCCCUGUGGGGGAGGCGGCGGUAGAUGCCGGCGAUGGUGACUCUCCAAGCAAAAAGAUCGAUUGAUGGAUGGACCGUUUGGAAGGAAUUUGUUUAUAUGACCAUAUUAUGGGGUAGAUGUUAAAAAAGGAAAAAGGAUAAUUUGGAAGAUAUUUGUAGAGGUGACGUUUUUAUUUUUAGACUCAUCUUUGGUCCACCGAUGUGAUCUUUUUCUGGGACUGGGUGUGGUUUUCCACGAGCAACAGCACUCAAUCUCGCGCGGACGCGUGAGCAACGACGAGAUGGGUGACCGUAAAAGUAACUCCACGAUCUGCCUUUUGCUGCAAUCUUGGAAAAAGACGACUAGAGACAUUGGUCGUGAUCGCGACGAUAUUAUUGUGGGGAGGGCGAGCAAGAGGAUCGACGCCUGCAAUAGUUUUCUGACGCGCUUGGGUGUACGCCAAGGCAGGAAAACUGCCGUACGUCUGCCAGGAUGGGGUGCGGGACCUCGCUCGCGUAGUGGUGUGUUCCCGAGCCUGAAACAGUGGUAGCCAGCAGUCAAGCUCAUUGCUGAAAUGGU